UUUCGGCGGUGAUCGGUGGGGCAACGCUUGGUGGGGUUGCGGUUGGUUUCGCGAUCCGCCCGCGCCGGCUGCGCUGCUGGGGGCGAUCUCGGCGCACCGCGCCUGAUGGUUGCAACUGUAGAUUCGCUUGCCUAAGGACCUCGUUCGAAGCAGCUGUGCCGUCGUGUUAACGCGCGCGAGCACGGCAGGUUGGAAUCUCCGCGCACCGCUGCGGCAAUCGAGGCUAUCAAAGCGAUCUUGUGAACGCGUGCUACUGCGACGUCACCAGAGUGGUGGCGGAAACAGCGGACUGCAGCAGUGCAUACCACAUUUUAGGCUUAAAUUCUUGAGCCGUCUUGUGAUUGACAGCGAUUUCUUGUCAUUUGCCCCAAGUCUCGUCGAACCGGCGUGUUUGUGACUCUGCAGCGAGCUCGUCUGUGACCCUGCCUGACACAAGCACAGGAAUGCGCAGGAAAAGUGACUUCGUGAAUCACAGCGCGUUUCGCUGCUGUUUCUGCUGUCAUGUUCGCACUGGCACGGUGAUUCUGGGCAUAUGGCAUUUGAUUCUCCAUGUCCUUGCCUUGGCGAUUCUCGUCAGCAUGAUGCUGCGGCCGGAGCUAAUCGAAAAGCUGUACGGAAACAACGGAUCAGCAACGACACAGCUUUCGGGCAGCUUCAUCACCCGCUUUCGUCCCUCCGUCUACAGCCACGAACUUUCAGACAUGGCCAAUGACCCGAAGCUGGCAAGCAUCCGUGAUGAGGACCUUCAUGUGGCUCUAGCCAUCACCGUCUGCACAGGAGUUGUUACCCUGUUGCUACUGUAUGGAACCAUAUGGGGUCAGCCAACGUACCUGAUGCCGUUCUUCUGCCUGCAAGUGUUUGACUUCGUGCUGUCGGCGCUGACAGUGGUGGGAUACUUCUCGUACAUGCCGGAUGUGCGCCGCCUGGUGGCAUCGUCGCGAGACCUGCCCCUGCAGAAGGAGCUGCUGCGUCUCGACCCCCAGUGGCUAUGCACCGUUGUCAUGGUCGGCUUCGUUGCCUGCAUGAUGAUCAAGGCCUAUGUGAUGGGAAUUGUCUGGUCCUGUUACAAAUACCUGCGACUCAGGCAAGAAGCGAGCCUUCCUGAUGUGGAAUCUGACUCUGAGGUGUUGCCGUACGGCCAGGCUCUGUUGCCACCUGAUUACGAGACAGCGACCAAGAUGCCUGCAUUUGUGCCCGUCUACGCACCUCCGCCGUACCCAAACCACAGCACUUGAAUACAGUGACACGGCAGCCGGCGCGUGGAAAAUGGUCACCACCACCCGAAGCAGCUUCCAGCUGCCAAACGGCACUUGCGGUCUCUAAAAUGGCCCACUUUUGUGCAAAUCUGGACGUCCUGUGUACAUUUUGAUGUAUUUUCCUUGGUUUCAUGUCAUUUCGUAACCACACCCCACAAAAAAGUAUGGAUUGAGGAUUGCAUGUCACAGACACGAAGACAGUAAUGCUUUUGUUUCUUUUAAUGCUCUGUAUCUCUCCUUUUUUUCUUUCUUUUUCUCCAAACAUUGAGAAAGGAAAUUGCAACAAGCUGCUUGUAUGCAGGCUGUAUUUGGGGUUCACAGUGUGCAGCUUCGUGACAGUGCUUUGCCAGAAGCGAAGAAAACUGAAAUUCGAGAAUGAAUGUGUAAUGCCAGCAAGGAUCCUGGAUUGCUAGAAAUUGGGAAGUUCAGCUUGUAGGUCAGGUUCGUUUUGCUUGUUCUGGUAAUUGCAGAACACCCUCCAGAGGCUGUCCGACUAUACGUGCAACUUGAGGAACAAAACAUGGUUAAACUGAACUUCGAGCACCAACCCGACACGGAUAGUUGUCGCACGUGAGAGUUCGGAACUUGCUUCCUUGCAGACUUUCUCUUUUUGCCAUCUUUGCAUGUGAGCGACGCUAGCCCACUGCGUCAACUAAUCUUAAGCAAUGGGAAUACUAUGCAUGCUAGUAUCGCUGCAUUGCAAAGAAAGAUUUACAGCUUUCAUUGGAAGUGGGCAGUCGACAUUUUAUUUGGCGGGAGGUCAUUUAGAUCAGCGUAGUCUUGACCUCUGCUAUUCCCCGAGUGAUCCAGCACUCCAGAGAGUAUGGAACUAACCGACACGCAUGUGUCGUUUUUUUCAACAUUAUUAUACGUCCUUUGUCAAAACCGUGCAGGCCACGCUGUUUCGAGCUCGGAGUCCCAUAGCAAUGCAAAGCCAUGAGGCCCACUAACAGCUGUUGGUUUAACACGCAGUACCCCAGAUUCUUUCAUCAGAGGCUGUGCAUUAUUUUUUUUAAUAUGCUUCUUUAUCGUUUCUUUUUCUUUUUGUAUUUAAAGCUACCCACUCCUCACUUGCUUUAUGACCUCGUACAUUUUCUAUUUGCUGGUCUGCUGAAGUAAACCGCUUUAUGCUGUCUACUUGUGUCGGGGUACUUUCUCCUACCCCCUCCUAGUCAUGCGUUUGUAUCAUGUGCUGCUUGCACAUACCGUAAAUGGGCCUAUCAUCGCGUGUAGUUUGGGUGUUGCCCAAGACCGACAGUGCUCUCAACAAAAAAACAAGCACGAUUUGCACUUGAUACAUUACUAAAUAUGCUUGUCUGGUGCCUGUCCAAACUUGAUGAGCAUCGGUAGCGAAUCUGGCAUUGUGGGAAGGGGAGAUGACUUUAUGGAGAUGUAGGAUUGCUUACGUUAUACAUAGAUACAACUGAUAAGACAUGCGUGUUGUCUGUUACAAGUGCAAUGUUCUAGAGUUUGCCUUCUUGUUUCUGGUUAUUGUGGGUGCUACUCAAUUUAGUGCAGUUUUCUUUUACGUUGUUCUUUGUUUCAUGGUUAAAUGCACAGAUUUCUAGUAGACAACCCACCUCCCUCUGUGUGUAAUGAAAAACCUCUUUCUUGCCAGGGAGGGAUGACAAUGUAUCUGCGAUGUAGUGUGCAGUGAAAUAAAACUUGAAAAACAAA